GAGAGGCGGCGGCGGCGGCUCGCCAUGGCUGAGGUGGAAGAAACACUGAAGCGGAUCCAGAGCCAAAAAGGAGUGCAAGGAAUCAUUGUUGUUAAUUCUGAAGGCAUUCCCAUCAAAAGCACUAUGGACAACUCCACCACCAUUCAGUACGCAGGCCUCAUGCACAGCUUCAUCAUGAAGGCGAGGAGCACCGUGCGAGACAUCGACCCCCAGAACGACCUCACCUUCCUGCGCAUCCGCUCCAAGAAGAACGAAAUCAUGGUGGCCCCAGAUAAAGACUACUUCCUGAUUGUCAUCCAGAAUCCAACUGAAUGAUUACACUGACUUGGUCUGUUCUUUUUUUUCUGUUUGUUUGUUUGUUUUUCCCUUUGCCCAACUGUUUUAUUUAAUUUAAUGGUAGAGAAUAGAGCAUUUAGUGUUAACUCUGCUGGGGCCACUUCAGUAAUGUCUGGAAAAAAACAAAAGCAGGUGGUUUUGUGGUUUACAAACAGAAAAAGUGUCUCUUUUUUUUUUUUUUUGUAUGUGUAUUACAAAUCCUUUGGAGGAGCAGUUGGUGAAUUAGAAUUGGGCAGCUGAAAAAAUGCAGCAGAUUCUUUUAAUGGCUGAGAAUACAACAAAGCUCUUAACAAUGUUCUGGGAAAAAAAAAUGUCCUUGGUAUGUUUCCAUGCUUCUGUCACCACUAUUUGAGGUAGACUUUAGUACUUUUGAAUGACUGUAAAUAUCAAACUUGCCUAUCCUCUAGUUCUGUCUCACUCUGUUCCUUUGGAGAAGUCUGACCAUAGUAAAUUAAAAAGUGU